GACAUUAAAAUCAUGGAAUCUGUCGAAAGUCCAAAUCCCAAAAUCAGAUCAUCUCUCUUCCCAAAAGCCAAGUCGAUACCUUCCUCCUUCAUUCACUUCCUAAACAAGCAAGAUCCUGUUAACAAAAGCUUUCCUUUUUCGCUUUUAACUCACAAUUCACAAACUCUGUUUCUUUCUCAUCAUGACUACAGCAACUUCGAUGAACAACCCGUCUCUCUUUCGUGUAAUCUGUAUACUCCAUUCUGUAAUAGCUCUAACAAGUGGAACCCUGAUGAUGUUCUACACAGAGAAAGCGUCCAUCUUCGGACCAGGAAGCGAGAUUGCUAGCAAACUCAAAGGAUCAACGCCACAUGAUGAGCUACUCAUUCAGAUUUCUCAGUCGUUCUCUGGUUUGCUUCUCUUUGCCAUUGGGUUCGUAUUGUUCAUGGUGUCUUUCGUGAAGGACAGAGAGUUUCAUAGCUUCUUCGCUGGAGGGUCUGUGAUUCUUUACGUGUUAAUGGCUUCGUGGAGGGUUUUGUUCGAGUGGAGAAUUGAAGAUCUUGCUUAUGAAUGGCCUAAACAAGCUCUUGGAGACAUAGCUCUAGGGAUCUCUUGGGUUUUCUUUCUUGUUUAUUCAUGGAGAGAAAAGUAUGAUUGAUGAUGUAUUUAGGUAUUGUUCUAUCUUGUGGGAUAAGUAAAAAAAAUUCAUCUUCAGAUUUGGUAAAAAGGAAACUGAAAACACCUGUCCGAAUUCAGACAAGAUCAAACAAUAACUAGUUUGGAUUCACAUAUUCAGAAGAUCAAAGAAUUAAAACGGC